AUGGGCCCUCCGAUUAAACAGGACCCCGAUGCCUCGACACCAUACAUCAAAGCCGACCCGGACGACAAGGAUACCGUACUCGCCGACAUCGACGACGAGGACAUAUACGAUGACGACGGCGACUUAGAUUUUUCGAACGCGACGCAGAACGUGUGGAUGUCGCGCAUCCCGCGGCCGCUGUGGGAGCAUUGGGCGAGCCUCGACGAUGACGAGGAGAUUCAGAUUGGGACGAUCCGGGUGGAGGGCCCGCCAAAUGAUAUAAAGCGGGUUAGUUUGCGCCUCAACGACCGCGAGGAUAACAAAGACGUCCCGAAAGACUACCUCUUGCAACGACACACUCUCGACGAGGGAAGUUCGGUGCAUUCAACGAAGAAUACCUAUGUUUUCACCGAGAAGGAGAUCCCCGGCCAGGAGAAUCGUACGGUCACCUUCGGUGGGGCGCGGUCAGCGCUGUAUGAAUCCGUCAAGCGCGACGCUCGGAAAAAGGAGCGAAAGAAGAAAUGGGAGCCUUAUGUUCGGAAGACGAUCAAUAAACAAACCAGCUUGGUGGGCGGUAUUAAAGAAGAGUUCAACUGUCUCCCGGUCGAGAAUGAAGAGUUUGAGGAAAUUUCUGCAAAGAGAGCUCUGGAAGCUUUGAAGCCGAAGCGUGAAAUUACUUUCAUCGAAGGCGCUCCGGGACAACUACACCAGGCCAGACAUGCCUUGCCUUCCGACAAGGGCUCGUUCGUGCAAGCGGCCAAGCCUACCAAACUCAAGCCGCAAGAAAACAAGACUACGCGUAUGCCUCAAAACGAACUGCUGGAUCUUAUCUACCAGUGUUUCCGAGAAUUCCGGUACUGGCCGUUUAAGGCUCUUAAGGCGAGACUACAACAGCCUGAAGCGUAUCUCAAGCAGACUCUGGAAUUGACCGCUCACUUGGUGAAAUCCGGAGAUUUCGCCAUGACCUGGGAGCUCAAGCCGGAAGCGAAAGAAAGCAGUUAUGCAAGCGCGUGGGGAUAUGAACCCAAAGAGGAGCUUGCUCCCGCGAAUUACAAUGACGAGGCAUCCGAUGAGGAUGACAUGGAUAAUGACGAUACACAGUUCCAGAAUGUUCACUGA